AUGCAAUCUGAUGAGAGUCCAAGCGUGGUUUUAAGAAAUAAGGGUUCUUGCGACAAAACGAAAGUGCAAGAUGCUGUACGAGAAUCUAUCUUAACUGACUCUACUUCAGGUAUAGUCAAAGGGGAUUACGACACCACUAGCAUUAGUUCUUCAACACCCUUCUCUAGUCCGGAAUUAGACAUAAGCGCCAAAGAACUCUUAUCACCCAAAGUUAUUAAAAACAGAAAAAGUGUUCAGUAUGAAGAGGAUUUUGAUGGAAUUAAUAGUGAUAUAGAAAAGAAAAGUGGUAAAAAUCUUGUGGAUAAAACCGAAAUAGAUGACGAAACAGCGAGAGUUGAAAAUGAAAAACUUAUUGGCACAAAUGAAACAAAAGUAUCCAUACCAGAUGGUGGGUGGGGUUGGGUAGUUGUUCUUUCAUCUUUCGUAAUAUCCAUGAUAGCUGAUGGGAUUAGUUUCUCCUUUGGCCUGUUGUAUAUUGAGUUUUUAGAUGAAUUUAAAGCUAGUAAAUCAACAACAGCUUGGAUUGGCAGUCUGUUUAUAGCUGUGCCGCUAUUAGCUGGACCGGUGAUGAGCGCUCUUGUAGACAGAUAUGGAUGUAGAAGUAUGACCAUUUUAGGAGGAAUCAUUUCAUCUUUGGGUUUCGUACUGGCAUCGGUGUCAACUACGCUGGAGACUAUGAUGCUCACUUUUGGAGUUAUCGCGGGCUUGGGUUUAGGACUGGUGUAUGUAACAGCAGUUGUUUCAAUAGCGUAUUGGUUUGAAAAGAAAAGGAAUCUGGCUGUUGGUCUUGGGGCUUGUGGAACCGGUGUAGGUACAUUCGUUUAUGCACCGAUGACGCAAUAUUUUAUCGAUGAAUACGGUUGGAGAGGUACUAUUCUUCUUUUGUCUGGUACGCUGUUAAAUUUGUGUGUCUGCGGUUGUGUCAUGAGAGAUCCGGAGUGGUGGAUAUUGGAGCAAAAACGGCAAAAGGAAGAAGAGAAGUCUUCUAGAGAUGAUGCCAAAUCUAAAUAUUCCAGCUCAUAUUCCGUUGCUAAUGGUAACAAUCCAAAUGAUUUUGAAAUUCAAACGAAAGGAAAAAGUAUGAAAAGAAUGAUUAACAGAGGUGUAUCACCUGAAAAGGUUAUUAAAGAUGAAGUGGCCAGCAUACGCCGACAUGAAAAUGUGAUUUCCUCUCAACCAAGUGACCGAAAAUUUAGCUCAUUACUGAAUUUACCAACUUACUUAACAAACAACGAUAAGAAAUCUUCCACAUUUGUAGAGUCAUUAUUCCAUAAAUGGAAUAAUAAAACGGCGGUAAAAUUUCCAACUAAAGUCGAAUCUUUAGAAGAGAAUGAAGAAAAUAAUUUAAAAAGCAACAGUCCUAAAGAAAUACUCAAUAUGGGAAAAAUGCAGAGAACUUGCUCAGAACAGAUAAAUAGAAACAAUGAGGAAAUAGAGAAUUAUAAGAGAAAACAUCCAAAAUUAGGGCAGAUCAGGAAGUCUUUAUCAGAAACAAAAGAAAACAGGCCAUUACUGAAACAAGACAGCAAGGAGAGUAAACGAGAGUGGCUGAAGAAACAACUGUCAGUGAAUCAUCACUAUUUGAGAGACCUCAAAAUGCCAAUAAAUUCAUUGAGCCACAGGAACGCAAUGUUGAAUAUAAAGAAAUAUAAAUUGAAGGCAUCGUCUUGUCCGGAUAUAUUUAAGAAUUCCAUGAUAACAGUGAAUGAACAAGAAGAGAAAUGGUACGACGAUUGUGUAAGUUGCCUUGGAGAUAUGUUCAACUUGUCACUCUUCAAGAAGAUUACGUUCGACCUUCUCUGUUUCGGGACCAUAAUUAUUUUCGUCUGGUUCAUAGUCCCAUACUUCUACCUCGCUGAACACAUGAUACAGAAUGGCUAUUCCGAAGACGAUGGAGCUUUUAUGUUGAGCUUAAUUGGCGUCACUAACACUAUCGGCAUGGUCACACUCGGCUGGAUAGGCGACUUCCCCAAUGUCUCAAUAGGUAAUAUUUACGCCGUUUGCCUUAUUCUCUGUGGCGCGGCAGUCGCAGCUAUACCCUUAGCUCCUAGCUAUUGGAUUCUCGCCUCUAUAUGUUCAUCAUUUGGGUUGCUUUUCGCAGCAUCGUUUACUUUUACCCCUAGUCUUUUGGUGAAAUUGGUCUCUUUGGAUGAUUUCACGUCUGCUUAUGGAUUGGUUCUGCUAGCUCAAGGAAUUGGACACCUGAUUGGACCGCCUUUGUCAGGUCUAAUAUAUGACGUGACGUUGUCCUGGGAGCUGUCUUUCUAUCUCGCGGGCGGCUGGAUCAUCGUGGCCGGAGUAUUGAUAUCCUUCAUACAACCCAUACGUGUGUACCAGAUGAAGACCAACGCAGAAUGUGACAGCAUUGCCUAG